UUGCACAUUCUUCCAGAACGGCAGAAGUGUGUACAAAUGUGGCUUGGAAAGCUUUAUAACUGGGGCCUUUUGCUAUCGUUGGCAGUUACCAUCUCUUGUGCGAAACGUUCUUGUAGUCGCGAAGACAAAUUCUGUUCCGAAGCAUCAGAUACCAUGGGUGUUCAGGAGUUUACCCAGUCUAAGAUAAAGGAGGGACCUGUUGUGGUCUUCUCCAAGUCCUACUGCCCUUACUGCAAAGCAACGAAAGACCUCUUCAAGGGUCUCGGCGUCGACAUCGUCUUGGUGGAACUUGACGAGCGUGACGAUGGCGGAGAAAUCCAGAACUGCCUCCAGUCAAUCACCGGCGGACGAUCGGUGCCCCGCGUGUUUGUCGGUGGCAAGUUUGUUGGCGGUAACGAUGGGACACAGGCAGCACACAAGGACGGCAAGCUUGUGCCGAUGAUCAAGGAGGCCGGCGGUCUAUGAAGGUCUCGGCAGGCUCGACUCUAGCGUAGCUGUUGGAUUCGUGACGCCAGUGCGGAUGCGUGCGUGUGUGUUGGGCUCUGAUAGUUUUUAUCGUCACGCCAUCCGACAUAGAUGUAUCCUUCCGUGCACUAGUUUUGUGCAGCAUCCGCUUCCGUAUGCCUUAGUGUUGCAUUAUGUCGACGAGCGGCAGUGCCUGCGAUCCUUUGGACCCUAAGCGCUGUUCUGGUUUCUGAUGCUGCUCCUGUGCUCAGUACGUUGCGAUUGGUUUUUGCACGGCUUUGACACCAGUACAGUGUCGACACAGCUUUGGAUGUUGUACUCCUUUUUUUAAGUUUCCAUUUUUUGUUGUCAGAUAGUUUCUGAAUGUCCUGUGACAUGCUACGUCAUUUCUCAAUCCACAUCGGGCUUCUCCAAACUGCGUGUAGUUCAUUGAUUUCUCCCAACAAUCAUGCCUGGACUGGACUUAACAUUUGCAACCUCUGAAAAGAAACUUUUCAAAGCGAA